CUCCGCAUGCGCGUUCUGGUGCAUGGCUAUUGUGUGGUUUACUUCUCUCUACAUAGAAGGCGCAUGAGUGUCGCACUUCUAUUACCCGGCUUCAUAUAUACAAAAGCUGGAAAGUUGCCGAGGCAAGAGAAUUAUAAUUUAUUUGUCUAUAUACGAUUUGGAAAAGAGGCAUAAAGGAACAGCUCUAUGGACCCCAUUUCACUUUAGCUUACUUCCGAUGAAUCACCCCAAACAGGCAGCAGGAAACACGCGUGGCGUAUCUCUAUGAUUUCAGCGGAAGAUGUUCUUUGCCUGGGUUCGAUGCAGUGGCCGAUGAGGCCAUGUGAACAGAGAUAUCCGUUUGCUCCGUCGCCUGAGCUCGUAUGAACUAUGACAUCUGAGCAGACUUCGCACCCGAAGACUCGCGGCUCUGGCGAGGAACAGGAGGAGGACUUUGGCUACAGUCGGUUUCCCGAUCGAACUCUUGGCCAGGGGAAGAAGCCCGCGUUGAAGGGAAAAAUAAUCUCCAGCUUGUUUGGUUCCCAGUAUAGGUGCCAGUCGAUGCUGAAGGUUGCUCUAGACAGUCCACAAGCUAAACUGCUACUUGAUGCUAUGAAGAAUUCUGGCUGUGCUGUCAUCAAUAACCGACACAUUUCAUGUGAAAAUUGUGAUAAAUAUGUUGGUGGAGGAUUUGAUUCUUCAGUAUCACAGAUUGUACUUUGCCAAAACAAUAUACAUAGUCAAUCUCAAAUGAACAGAGUGGUUGCACAUGAAUUUAUCCAUGCAUUUGAUCACUGUCGUGCUCAUGUGGAUUGGUUUAACAAUAUAAAGCACUUAGCCUGUUCAGAGAUUCGGGCAUCUAAUCUCAGUGGUGAUUGUUCUUUCAUAAAUGAGAUGAUGCGGUUUAGAUUUGGGCUGAAGCAGCAUCAGCAGACUUGUGUAAAGAUGAAAGCUGUUCGCUCCAUGUUGGCUGUUAGAAAUAUCACUAAAGAGAUGGCAGAGAAAGCAGUAGAUGAAGUCUUUGAAUCCUGCUUCAAUGAUCACGAGCCAUUUGACAGAGUGCCUCAUAGCAAAUUGGAUGCAAAGUAUGCAUAUAGAGGUUUUCAGAACCGUCACCGUUACUAUCAAAAUUUAUGAAUGAAAACUGUUCGUGUCUAGGUCCAAACUACCACAUUAGAGGAUAAUUGGAGUCCCUGGAGAGAUUAUAUCCAAUUUGUUUAAUUUCCAUUCUGUGUUUCAUUUCCCUAAUUGAUCUAAUAAUUACUAUUUUAUUCAACAAGCAAAAUGGAUAUUUGUGAACAUAGGCAUCAAUUAUGAAAGUAGCAUCUCAUUGCAAGCUCAGUAACUUUUGUUUAUUUGCUUUUGUAUUGAGGGGAACAAAAGGGGAGAAACUUGCCACAGGACUGAGCUGUAUUAAUUUUGGCUUUCAGAUGUCUGUGUUUGUGUAUAUAUUACUAUAUCAAUUAGUUUUGCAUUUUUUUUCAUCAUUUGAAUAAAGGUCAUUUUAAUUGCAUGUAGUUUAUGCC